UUCCUCAAUUUACGGAUAUUUUAAAGUGGUGCUGCCUUUAUUCACUGAACGAGAGUCACAAUCGUUCAUUUGGAAACUUUUUACGCUUAGUUUGUGUUUGGCUAUUGAAUUGGAGCGGCUGAUUUUCCAAAAUAGAUGAUUGCCAAGUGUUGAUGUGCGAUACUAAUUUGAGCCAUUUGCCUCUUGUGGCUCUUGGUUGGCUACUGUAAUGACCGGGCGGGGCAGCUGGUUUGUCUCUAUAUCCCCUCCUCCAUAAGAACGCUUUAAACGGCACGCCGAAACCUUAUAUUCCGCUUUAUCACCUGUAAAGAGACCUACAAGUUUGCUAUCCACCAGCCAUGACUCGACGCAGUUUUGCUUUCUACAUUUUUUAAUUUAUUUUAAAGAGCUCCGAAGGAAAUCUCCACUUGGAUCACCGCUUCAUGCGUUCCUGCAGGGUAUACAAGAGUGUGUGUGACCUCCAUCUCUCUCCCCUGCGACCUCUGAGCCUCAGCCGAACUUCAACUCUUCCCCUCAUCCUCCCUGAGGCCAGACUGUAAUCCAUGGCGCUGGAGAAGCUUCUGGGGUUCGGGAAGCAGUUGCUGAGGGUGAAGGUGGUGGACUGUCACACAGAAGACUCCCGUCUGUCCCGAUGCCUCAAUACUUUUGACCUGGUGGCUCUGGGUGUGGGCAGCACACUGGGCGCUGGUGUCUAUGUGCUCGCCGGAGCUGUCGCACGAGAGAAUUCAGGUCCUGCUAUUGUGCUGUCUUUCCUGAUAGCAGCCUUAGCCUCAGUAUUGGCUGGCCUCUGCUAUGCUGAGUUUGGAGCUCGUGUUCCCAAGACAGGCUCAGCUUAUCUUUACUCUUAUGUGACUGUAGGAGAACUCUGGGCCUUCAUCACUGGAUGGAACCUCAUCCUCUCCUACAUCAUUGGUACCUCUAGUGUGGCCCGUGCAUGGAGCGCUACCUUCGAUGAGUUGAUAGGAAAGCGCAUAGAGCAGUUUUGCAGAGAGUACAUGGCCAUGAAAGCACCUGGUAUAUUGGCAGAAUACCCUGACAUGUUUGCUGUUCUCAUCAUAAUCACCCUCACAGGUCUGCUGGCAUUUGGAGUCAAAGAGUCAGCAAUGGUGAACAAGGUUUUUACCUGCAUCAACAUUCUUGUCUUAUUGUUCAUGGUGGUCUCUGGUCUGGUCAAAGGUACUUUGAAGAACUGGCAGAUAGACCCUGAAGAGAUCCUACAUGUCAAUUACACUAGUAACUCUAGCCUCAAUCUGACAGACAUCCUGCCAUCAAAAGAGAUUUUAGGAGUUGGUGGCUUCAUGCCAUUUGGUUUCACAGGCGUCCUGUCAGGAGCUGCUACCUGCUUCUACGCCUUUGUUGGAUUUGACUGCAUCGCCACCACAGGUGAAGAGGUGAAGAAUCCCCAGAGGGCCAUCCCUAUCGGCAUCGUGUCCUCCUUGCUCAUCUGCUUUGUAGCGUACUUUGGUGUUUCUGCUGCCCUCACUCUCAUGAUGCCAUACUACCUGCUGGACAGCAACAGCCCUCUGCCUGUAGCUUUUAAAUACGUUGGCUGGGGAGGAGCCAAAUAUGCUGUAGCUGUAGGCUCUCUUUGUGCUCUGUCUACUAGCCUGCUGGGUGCUAUGUUCCCUAUGCCCCGACUGAUGUGGGCUAUGGCCGACGAUGGGCUGUUUUUCAAGUUCAUGGCCGAGAUCAGCCCCCGCACCAAAACCCCGCUAACUGCAACCCUCACCUCUGGCGUAGGGGCAGCUGUCAUGGCAUUUCUGUUUGACCUGAAGGACCUGGUGGACCUGAUGUCAAUAGGAACGCUGCUGGCCUACACGUUAGUGGCUGCCUGUGUCCUGGUGCUCAGGUACCAGCCGGAGCAGCCAAGUAUGGUGUAUCAUAUGGCAAAUACCCAGGAAGAGGUGGAACUAAGCGACGGCAUCAGUGUCCCCAGUAUGGGCAUCCUGCCUGGUGUGGAGGAGAGGUUCAGCUUCAAGACCCUCCUGUUUCCAGACAACCCUCAACCAUCUACGCUGUCAGGUUUCACAGUCAACAUCUGUGCCUUUGCUAUAGGAGUGUUGAUCCUGGUGUUCAGUAUACUGGCAGUGCAGGGAGGCGAUGCUGCGUGGAACGUCAUAGCCCUCAGUGUCAUCUUCGUGAUGUGUCUCCUCUUCACCUUCAUCAUUUGGAGACAACCUGAGAGCAAGUCAAAACUUUCCUUCAAGGUUCCACUGCUACCCUUCAUUCCAGUGAUCAGCAUGUUUGUCAAUGUUUACCUGAUGAUGCAGCUGGACAGAGGCACUUGGACACGAUUUUCUAUCUGGAUGGCUAUUGGUUUAGUGAUCUACUUCGGCUACGGCAUUCAUCACAGCACCGAGGCAGCUGCUGCCCGCUCGUGUCUGGACACGGAGAAGAACGUCUUCAAGCGCGAUCAUGAAUUGGAGCUCAUGUCACCGGAAAAGGAGGCCUUCCUGCAUAGCGCCAGGGAAGAGGGUGAUGGAGAUUUUUAGGAAGCAUUAGAGCAUGCUGUGUACAUUUAAACCAGCCCUGACGGCAAUCUGUCUGCAUAAGAGUCCCUCACUGGCGUUACUCCUUUUUUUGGGGAAAGUAAUGAUAAAGAACUUCAGCCUCAAAUUCAGAAACCUGUUUUCUUUGCCCCUUGACUGCUGGGUCGAACAACAGGAUGUCUGAAGCCAUAAUUGUCACUAUUUCAGUAUUUUUUUUUUAAAUAAGGUUAUUACUCCCUUUUGCUUGGACUUCAGCUUCAACUGCUCAUUAUCGUUUGGCUGCCUGGACGGGGGUAGGACUCAUGUUCGAGAUGCCAAACAUGUCAGUGUUUUAGGGAGGUUCAAAGAUACUUGGAGACUUUAGUAUUUGUUUCUCUUCACAAUGAGUCAUGGUUGCUUCUCUGAAGAGCAUCUGGUUCAUAUUGCUGGUAAUAGGACUGCGUGCACAUGUGAUAACAGCAUUCAUCUGCGUGCCAGAAAGUUCAAUAGUGAUACAUGUUUGGUCUUUUCUGUUAAAAACUAACAACUGCUGUAUAUGUGUACAAAAUUCUGAAGAUCAGAUACCACAGCAUCAAAUACAGAUUGAUGCCUACAUAAUGGAUGUUGGCACGCUGCUCUAACGGUUCUCCCUGUCAAGUGAGAGCUUGGAAUAUACACAGUUGACUCAUCAAUGAUGUAAUUACCGUUGUUCACCAACAGAUAAAGGUCGUUGGGCCAAUGGCUGGAUGUGUAAGUGGGCCAGCAGGGAGCUGUAGCUUACGGUCUCCUUAAAUCUAUUUUAAAGUCCAGCAGAUUGCAUUGAUAGCAUCUGAGGUACCGGAUUUUUUCUUUGCAAAGGGAAAGCCUGGCAUCCUGUUCUGGUUAUAGAUUCUGGUUUUAAUGCGGGCAUACUGUAUGUCUUUGUAAGAAGCAGCCAUGAACAACAACAAGCCAUCAGAUCAGGGUGCAAAUUAUGAUGAAGAAACUGCUGACACAUAAUAUUGAACAGCAUUUCUUGUUAGAUUGUUACUUAUUUUGAGACAAAGACACAGAGAUUCAGAGGAAGUAAUUCAGUCUAAAGCCCAGCAGGCUAAAGUAUUCUCUAUAUAAAGUUUUCUCUUCACAAUAAUAGCCAUAAAAUACACUAUAUAAUACACAAAAGAUAUGAAAUCUGACAUAUGAAUUUUGAUACGUUAAGCAUCAGGUGAAGACCGAAGCAGUUGUUGAAUGUCUGUUAGUAAGAUUAGAUGAUAGGAGAUUUUCACAGUGCUGGCUGCUGUGUCUCUUUGCACCUGUAGCUUGGAAUGUUUAGGGUCUCUAUCAAAAUAAAUAAAUAAAUAAUACAGGCCGACUUUUUUUUUCUUAAAAUGCUUAAUUUGGAUAAUUGUAUUUUUUUCUCAAUUUAUUUUACACCUUUUGUCUUUUCUUUUUUAUAUGUCCUUUUGUUACCCACUCUCUAAAACAUGGUCAUUUCAAAUGUGUUUUUUAGAUUACGAAUAUUACUUAAUAUUUAUGGUUAACUAAAAGCGUACAAAGAAUUUGAUCAGCUGGGAUUUCACCACACAAACAUUUAUUUCCAUCCAUUUUUUUGUUGUUGUCAUUAAAAUAUCUAAUGCUUUUAGAUAUGUUUCCUUCUUUUGCUAAGAUUAACAGAGUACUACUAAGUAAUACUGAUUUAGCAUUGCAGCCCUGGAACACCUGGGCCACAGUGUCCACCUCAGAAUUGCUGCAGUUCGCACGUGUAUGGUGACCACACACACACACACACACGUACACACACUGUGUUGCUGCUUUGAUAAUGCUCAUAGAUAAUUAUGAUACUGUGAUUUUUGUUCACCCUGAUGCAGAGAGAGAAAUUGCCAAAAUUCUGCCUUAAACCUGAUGUUUAUAUUGUUUUCAUGUCUGUGGUGUAUUUUACAAAUACAGUCUUGUAAAAGCUGUAAAUAUGACAACAGAUCUUUUUUUUUUCUUUUUUUGCUGAGAACUGUGCACUUCACUUGAAAAAAAAAAAAUAGGCAACAUGCUGAAUCUCUAGCUGAGUGGCUGCUCUGACCACACGAGCACCAACAUAAAAAGCAGGAGGCUCCACCACACACACACACACACAUACACACACACACAUAUUUUAUGCUGCCCUGUUUGUGUCUAACAUGUUCCUUAAGUUGUGUUUACAUGAUCAGUGCAACUGAAACGUUAUCCUUGGGGUUGACAAAAUCCUUGCCUUCACUUUACUUUACCCGUGAGUGCCUUAUUAAUAAAAAAAGAAGAGCUGUACAACUAGAAAUAUGGAAUAUUGGCAUGACUGUGGCAGAAAUGUAAUAAUAAUCUGACAUCUCAUUAAUACUUUAAAUAUCACCUUUUCCACUCAUUCAAGAAUGACUUUCCUAACGCUUUUAAUUUGUAUAUGACCUACUUUACACAUAAAUUUAAAUUCAAUGAAAUCUACUUUAUAUUCAUUUUUUUAAUCAUUUUCCAUAAUUUUAUUUGCUUCAUUAUAAUCUAUCUAUGCACAUGAUAACAAAACAACAUUUCAGCUGAUUCAUCCUUUAUCUUGUGAGUGUCCUUGUUAUUUCUAAAUAUUGACGGUGUUAAAAAGUUUUUUGUUUUUUUUUCCAGGAAUUUUAGAUUUGCUUUUCUGUUGAAUCAAUACAAAGGGAUUCAUGUGGAUUUGAAAACCUGUCUGUCAUGUCAAAACCUUAUCAUAGACAUAUAAAAUAAAUAUCAUCUAAAUAUACAUAUAUAAAUAGAUAAAACUGAUGCUGCUUUAAAACCCUUCUGACGUUAAAUAUGCCUUUACAUAACACGUCACACUGAUAGGCUUUGAAUAUUUCAAGUCUAUCACCAGUGUAAAUGACCCACUCCUUCAUGUUCAUGACACUUUGCUGUGAUUAUGUCACUUUCUCAGGCUGUUUCUUCUUGUAGCCCUUUUUUGCUUGCAUUUUUCCUUGGCUGUUUGGGCUGUCAGUGAGUUUAAAAGGUUUCUCAUUUUGUUCUUCAUCAUUGUGGUGUAGUUUUCCCUCACUUCACAUUGCCUUGCUGAUUAGAGUCCUUGUUUUCUUUUUGCUGCAUUUAUACACAAAACUGGAACUUUUUGAACUUUAGUUACUUCAGGUUUAUAUCUUUGGGUAUGCAUACCUAAAUAACUUGUACUGAAAUGCUGAAUGCCGUCCUGACACUAAAGAAUAAGAAGGAAGAUGUUAACUUUUUGUUUAAUUUCACAUUAUGCAUGUUGGGUUUGAAAUGUCUUUACCUUGGCGCCACCUAUGGGUAGUAUCGGGAACGGUUUAUAGUUUAUAGCAACUUAUGGAUCAUCUUUUUUUCCUCUCUUUCUGAACUAGAAUACUGUCACAAUCACACAAAAUACACACUCAUUCUAACUCAACACUAGUAAGAACAUAGUAAUCAUUUUUCUUUUAUAUGUCAAAAAUGCCUGAAUUGUUUUUACUUGUAUCCUUGUCCACUGUUUGUCUCCUUGUUUCCUUUUCCCUUCAAGUCAGUUUAUAUGCUUCAUGCACCACCCCUGUAAAUAAAAGGGCUUUUCAAAAAUCCAGA